GGCACUCGGCCUCCAGAGCACCGGCACUGGCACUGGCACGCGCUAUGGCAAACGAAGUGCAAGACCUGCUGUCCCCGCGGAAAGGGGGGCAUCCUCCCGCAGUAAAAGCUGGAGGAAUGCGAAUUUCCAAAAAACAAGAAAUUGGCAUCUUGGAGAGACAUAACAAAAAAACAGGAUUAGAGAAAACAAGUGCCAUUGCAAAUGUUGCCAAAAUACAGACGCUGGAUGUCCUGAAUGACACGCUGGAGAAGCUCAAUCAUAAAUUUCCAGCAACAGUGCACACGGCACACCAGAAACCCACACCUGCUCUGGAGAAGGUCGUCCCACUGAAAAGGACCUACAUCAUUCAGCAGCCUCGAAAAUGUUAAGCCAGGACAUAAAACACAGCCAUCUGGCCAACUGCCUUGAACAUCUGACAGCUUAGCACAAAGGGCAGAAGCUUUCCAUAGACCUAGUGAAAACAGCUUUUGUACCUUCCCUUUUGACUUCAGAUAAUAAAGCAUCCAAAAUUGUAAAUCU